AUGCAGGCCCCUGUCGUGGUUAUGAACACCCAGACCGGGGAGAGGCAGUUUGGCCGCAAGGCACAGCUGUCCAACAUCACCGCAGCAAAGACAGUAGCCGACAUCAUACGGUCAUGUCUGGGCCCCAAAGCCAUGCUCAAGAUGCUGCUGGACCCCAUGGGCGGCAUCGUGCUCACCAACGACGGCCACGCCAUCCUCCGAGAAAUCGAAGUCGCCCAUCCCGCCGCGAAGAGCAUGAUCGAACUCUCCCGGACGCAAGACGAAGAGGUGGGUGACGGUACGACGACGGUGAUAAUAUUAGCCGGCGAGAUCCUCGCGCAAGCCCUCCCCCAACUCGAGCGCAACAUCCACCCCGUCGUCAUCAUCUCCGCCUUCAAGCGCGCCCUCUCCGACGCCCUCGAAAUCAUCCGCGAAGUGUCCGUCCCCGUCGACGUCAACGACGACAAGGCAAUGUACACCCUAAUCUCCUCCUCCAUCGGCACGAAGUUCAUCUCGCGCUGGUCGGAUCUCAUGUGCAACCUCGCGCUCAAAGCCGUGCGCACCGUGUCCUUCGAUGCCGGCGGCGGGCGGCAGGAAGUCGACAUCAAGCGGUACGCGCGCGUGGAGAAGAUCCCGGGCGGCGAGAUCGAGGAGUCAAGGGUUUUGGAUGGAGUGAUGUUGAAUAAGGAUAUCACGCAUCCGAAGAUGAGGAGGAGGAUAGAGAACCCGAGGAUUGUGCUGCUGGAUUGUCCGCUCGAGUAUAAGAAGGGAGAGAGCCAGACGAAUAUCGAGAUUAGCAAGGAGGAGGACUGGAAUCGGAUAUUGCAGAUUGAGGAGGAGCAGGUCAAGGCGAUGUGCGACGCUAUCAUUGCCGUGAAGCCCGAUUUGGUCAUUACGGAGAAGGGCGUAAGCGACCUCGCCCAACACUUCCUCCUCCAAGCCAACAUCACCGCCCUCCGCCGCGUCCGUAAAACCGACAACAACCGCGUCGCCCGCGCCGUCGGCGCGACGAUCGUCAACUCCGUCCAAUCCCUGACCUCGGCGGACGUCGGCACCCGCUGCGGCCUCUUCGAGAUCUCCAAAAUCGGCGACGAAUACUUCACCUUCCUCACAAAAUGCCGCUCCCCGAAAGCCUGCACGAUACUUCUCCGCGGACCCUCCAAGGACAUCCUCAACGAGGUCGAGCGCAAUCUGCACGACGCGAUGGGCGUGGCCAGGAAUGUGGUAUGGCAGCCGCGACUGUGUCCCGGCGGCGGCGCAACAGAGAUGGCCGUAGCCGUCGGGCUGCAGAAGCGCAGCCGCGACGUCGAGGGCGUGGCGCAGUGGCCGUACCGGGCCAUCGCAGAGGCCAUGGAAGUUAUCCCGCGUACGCUGAUCCAGAACAGCGGAAACAGCCCGAUCAGGGUGCUCACGCAGCUGCGGGCGAAGCAUGCAGAGCAGGGCGGCGAGAGCUGGGGCGUCGAUGGCGAGGCGGGCAAGGUGGUCGAUAUGAAGGAGUACGGCGUUUGGGAGCCCAUGGCGGUCAAGGAGCAGAGCGUCAAGACGGCGGUGGAGAGCGCGUGUUUGUUGCUGCGGGUUGAUGACAUUGUGGCGGCCAAGGCGGCGAAGCAGGCGGGCGGGAGUGGGUUGCAGGGGGGUGGGGAGGAGUAG